CCCCAUGAGGCUGCGCGGAUUCUCGGCGCGUGAGGGAGUGGGUGAUCGCUGAGGGUCGCGGAGAACCGCUUAUCAUCUUUUUUCGUUUUUAACCCAAUGUUUCACCCAGCACCAGGCCAAGUAGACGAGGGAAGCGCUGAUCGUCGACCCACCGCCUCGGUAAACUUUCAGUCAGAUAUGAGCGGCAGCGGGCGGCCCAGGACAAGCUCGUUCGCUGAGCCUCAGGGGGCGUCCGGAACCGCUGCUGCAUCCGCCGGAACCGCCGCUGUCGUGGGGAGCAACGCAGGAAAGCCCGGGGUCUCGCAGGCCUCGGCGGACAGUUCAUCUGCCUGCGCGAAUUUAAAACUAGCUAGAGACAGUGGGAAGGUGACCACAGUGGUUGCCACCCCAGGCCAGGGCCCGGAUCGCCCGCAGGAAGUGUCCUACACUGAUAUCAAGGUGAUCGGUAAUGGCUCCUUUGGCGUGGUUUAUCAGGCACGUCUCAUUGACACUCAUGAGUGGGUGGCCAUCAAGAAGGUUCUUCAGGACAAGCGAUUUAAGAACCGAGAACUUCAGAUCAUGAGAAAACUGGACCACUGCAAUAUAGUGAGGCUGCGCUAUUUCUUCUAUUGCAGCGGAGAGAAGAAGGAUGAGGUUUACCUCAAUCUAGUGCUGGACUACGUGCCUGAGACUGUCUACAGGGUGGCUCGACACUUUAGCAAGGCUAAAACCAUUAUUCCCAUCUUUUAUGUGAAGGUGUACAUGUAUCAGCUUUUUCGCAGUUUGGCCUACAUCCAUUCCCAGGGCGUAUGUCACCGAGACAUCAAACCACAGAACCUUCUGGUGGACCCAGAAACAGCUGUUCUCAAGCUCUGUGACUUUGGCAGUGCAAAGCAGCUGGUGAGGGGUGAGCCUAACGUCUCUUAUAUCUGCUCGCGAUACUAUCGCGCCCCUGAGCUUAUAUUUGGUGCCACGGACUACACCUCCAACAUUGACAUUUGGUCAGCUGGAUGUGUGCUGGCCGAACUGCUGCUGGGACAGCCCAUCUUCCCUGGAGACAGUGGUGUGGACCAGCUAGUGGAGAUCAUAAAGGUACUUGGAACCCCCACAAGAGAACAGAUCCGUGAAAUGAACCCAAACUACACAGAGUUCAAAUUCCCACAGAUCAAAGCUCAUCCAUGGACCAAGGUGUUUAAACCCAGAACUCCUCCUGAGGCGAUCGCGCUGUGCUCUCGGCUGUUGGAGUAUACGCCAGUGACUCGGCUGUCUCCGCUUCAGGCUUGUGCUCAUGCCUUCUUUGACGAGUUGCGCCAACCUGGCACCCGUUUGCCCAGCGGCCGAGAGCUGCCUCCGCUUUUCAACUUCACCACAACAGAGCUGAUGAUUCAGCCGCAGCUCAAUUCCACUCUCAUUCCACCGCAUGCCCGCGCACAAACCGUAGCAUCAUCCAACGAUGGCUCUGAAGGCUCCGUACAGCCCGGAUCUACCCUGACCAACAGCACCUGAGACUCAUAAAAACCCACAAAACACACCACAGCAUCUGAGCCACCACAACACACACAAACACACUCACAGUCUCACACUCUCAAUACCUCAUCCACGGCUUCUUGCUCCACACAUUUACAGACCGAUUCAGGAGUCACUGCACACAGCCCUGUGUUUGCUGACUGUUGGUCAAACAUACUGUACACACACACUGCCAUGUACACGCAACCGCAAACAGAGUAAUACCGCUAAUAUGUGCUUCAGAUAAUAGAGGUAGUCAGUCUGAGGAGAGCUCCAAGCGGCUGCGUAGAAAAGCUCACGUGCAUCCAUAUUGUGUGUUUUGGCGCUCAGAUAUGAUUGGUUAUCAGUGGCUAGGGGCGGGUCCUCUAAUUUUACUAUUAUUUUAAAAUCUUAAUUUAUUGAAAUCGUCAUUUACGGUGGAUGUUUCCCCUUGAACGCUCGUCUUUUUCGUCAUUAUGCGAGGUCAAAUAUGUUUUGAAGGGGAACAAGCUGUCAUUGUAGAUGAUGCAUCUUGUUGUAAGUGUCAAAGAGGCGAGACUUAAACGUGGUGGUUUUAUACAGUUAUUUUAUUGUAUUUUUUAAAAACAGGAGAAUAAUAUCUUUUUUUUUUCUGGUAAUUAUAUUUAUUAUUUUAAUUCAACCACUCAUUCGGACGAACUUUUGAGAAGGCAUACAUGUAAUAAUUCCACAGAGCAGUUUGGGGAAACGUUCGACAUUAUUGUUGACCACAAAGAAGGGAAGGAACGAUGUAUGCAAGCCAAUAGCAUAUUCAUUUUAUUGUACCGAACUGAAGUGACUUUAUAUUCCUGGAUGUUUAAUUAUCAUUAGCUCUUAAUGAUGCUCCAGGUCUAGGCUUAAUUUAUGCUUGUGAGAUUACAAAGUCUUCUUCCGUUCAAAGUCAUUUUCAAACGACGGUCUGAAGACUCCACCACGCAUCAUAAUUCAGUGUUUUUUCCGUUUUAGCAAUCAUUUUUAUAGUACAUUAAGCUAUUCCUACCAUUUGAAGGCCUUUGUGGUAGAACAAUACUAGUUUGUGAAUCAGCACAUGAGUUCUUAACGUCAGAUGGUCAAUCAUAUCGAUUUCUUUACUUGAGAACAUGUCUGUUAGUAAUAAACUCUAUUCUGAGGCCCUCAGGAGCCCUACUUCCA